GCGACACUAGGUAGCGUGCUGCAGCAGGAUUGUCCGCCGCAGGGACCCGUAGGCUGAACAGCAAGCAUGGUGGAGAAGAAGACGUCGGCGCGUUCACAGGAGGCGAAUCAGCGGCGGAUAUUAGACCGCGCCACACGGCAGCGGCGGCUGAACCGCCAGCUGGAGGCGCUGGAGAAGGACAAUUUCCAAGACGACCCCCACGCUAACCUGCCCCAGCUGGUCAAGCGGCUGCCCCAGUUCGACGACAGGAACGAAUCCAGUAGGAAGAGGAAGAAAACAAGAGGAGACCAUUUUAAACUAAGAUUUCGCAAGAACUUCCAGGCUCUCUUGGAGGAACAGGUGAUCCCACAAGCAGACAAAACCAAGAAUUUGAGUGCGAGUGAGGGGCCGAAUUACCUGACAGCCUGCGCCCCGCCCUCUAAGCUGCCCCAGCGCCCCUUCUGUGCGGUGUGUGGGUUCCCCUCGAACUACACAUGCGUUUCCUGUGGUGCCCGUUACUGUAGCGUCAAGUGUCUGGGGACCCACGCAGAGACCAGGUGCCUCAAGUGGACAGUUUGAAGGGAUUUUUGAACUGAAAACUGACCUUAAACCAAGGAGGAGCGAACCAUUUACAGACUUUGAAAAAGAAAAAAGCAUGAUCCUAGAGAAGAUAAAAAUAAAAUAAAAAUAAUUAUUUUUGGAAUCUUUUUUUUUUUUUUUUUUUUUUUUUAAGUGUUUUUGUUUGAAGUGGCAGGUGCUAGAGUUUGGAAAACAAAAGGUAAAGUUUAAAGUCUUAGUUUUUGGGUUUUCAGUCGCGUUUAACCAAAAUAUCUGUAUAAAUGAGUAAUCAAUAAAAAACAAUGGGUAUCUAAUCAAUAAAGUAUCUAA